AUGUGUCUCAACAAUUCCUACCAAACAGUAUGCGGCGUCAGCGUUGACCACUACCGACGAGCCGGUAGCCGCGCUGCUAUAGCGUGGUGCGUUCGCGUCCGCGCCCAGGUGCUUCGAGCUAUUGUGGCCGACCGAUGCCUCCCACCUCAUGUUGAUCAUCCCAACUUCGAAGCUUUCUUCAUGCCCUCUGUCCGCGUCGAUUGCAACAUGGUACAUGGAGGUGGCUUUUCUAGCGUUGUUAGGCCCCAGUUCGACCGACUGGUGAAGCACUACGCUAAGCGUUGGGUGAUUGCAAACGGCGUCGUCAUCAAGGACACCAACGAAGUUCCCAACCGAUUCCGAUUCAACCAAGAACUAGUGGAUAGGUGCUUCAAAGAUGUUGAUAGUAUUGAACACUGGCUGCGGGAGGACCUGGGCAAGUUGGACUGGUGGGAGAAAGUAGCCCAUGAUCCCGGCCUCAUUGCGCCCUCUACUCCGUGUACGUCCACGGUCGUCCUUCCCACGCCAGCUACCCCAACCACCCCAGUCAUACAAAGUAGGCGCCGUGUAGCCACCACUCCCGGUCAGUGGAAGACGCCAACCCAGUCACCCAUGCGACACAAGAGAACUCCAAGUUCAGUGCAGAUGGAGGCUCUUAUAUCCGGCUUGGAGACCCUGGGUUCCGAUUCGGACUUCAGCCGUACUCCGUUGAUACCAACACCGACACGAUGCCACCCAGGACCGCCCUCAACACUUUUCAGCGACCUCGCAAGCGGCUCACACGGGGAGGAUCAGAUGCCGGGCGUGGCUUGCCUCGCACCGGAAGAAGCCACUCCCGUUUUGGGUCUGGAUCUGUGGGCUCCAAUAACGGCUCCGAUCGUGGGGCACGGCAGUCUCGUAGCGAAAGACACCACUCCCGUUCUCAAUCCAUGUCGUUGGAAACCAGCGCCUACGACUCCGGUCAAGGGACUCAGCAGUCGGGCCAUGUUCCCUCCAACGCCCACACUCAGCAUCUCUUCAUGCAAGGCGCCUUCGACAGUCCCAUCCACUGAACGAUCAGUCUGGCCAUUGUCUUGGCCUCCAGCACCAUCUACCAUUGCCCCAUCCACAGCCGCGUCCCUCCAAAAUACCAAGGUUGGUAAUGGCAGUACUGUGGGUGACGCUCCACCCUCAGUUGUCUCCUCUGCAUCAUCGCCACUAUCGUCUACAUCUUCGCUGCUCGAGAAAUAUUUCCGAGAGAGUCCCAAGCCCCCGCCUGCACCGACGACUGUCCUCACCUAUGGUGAAACGGACACCCCUUUAGCUUUAGAUGUUUCGGCAGACCCUGGUAGUGGUACAGAAAACGGCAGUGGAGACGAUAAGAAUGGCGAUAAAAACCGCAUCAGGGCUUCGGAGGAGACCGACUGGUAUGAGCGCACAAAAGAGUCACUAAAGUCAACGCAACGCGCAUGGGAAAUGGUGGUUGAAGCCGACAUAGAAGCACAAGCCGUCAUAUUUGGCAUUGAUGGAAUGGUGUGA